AUGACCACCAACCUCGAUGUGAUAAAUUCGGUGCCACGUGUGGCAACGCUCAUUUACCAGACUCAUCAGCUAUGGCAGGAAUUUCGAGGCGUCCCGGAUGGGAUUUCAGGGCUCGUAGAGCACCUCAAGGCCCUAGAACCAAUAUUCGCAGAGAUUGAGGACCACUUCAAUGAGGACAAUGUCUCCGCAUCGUUCAAAAACUGUCUCGACAUGUCAAAGAAGGCACAUGACUCAUUGGGAGUAUUAGUAGCCGAUAUGCGAACACAGCUGCAGGCAAAGAAGAGUAUCAAGCGCAAGUAUGCUACUGUUAAGAUUAUGCUCAAUAAAUCCGUGGUGGAGAGGCUUGAACAGAGCAUGUCUCGGUGCAUGACCUUUCUGCAGUUGGCAAUACAAGCGUACCAGAUGGCAAUGCUUCGGAAAUUAAGCUCUCAAGCUCCCGCAGCACGGGUCCAGCCCCAACGUCAUACGCUUGUUAGAACAUCUCGACAAUCUCUUCCACUGCUACUACAGGACAAGAAAAUGCCUCAGUUCCAGAAUGAUGUCGAUGAAUUCUUCCCUAGAAGCAAGAAGGCGAUGGAAAGGUCUAAGAAAACGACAAGCCUCUUGACGUUUGAUAUAUCCCAAUACGCGCGAUUCGCCCUAACUUACACUAAUGGGGUCGGCGGUUGGAAAGCCCAGCUGCAGCUACCAAGCUGGAUAUCGACAUCAGUAUAUGAAUUUAUAUCAGCACCAGCUAUUGCAGGAUGGACAUAUAGCUAUCGCGUGUACAACAUAAUCGCAGAUGACUCUGAGUUGAUUAGGAAGAUCAGCUGUGGGGAUCUAAUUGGCGUUCGGCAAAUGUUCAGCAGCAGAAGUGCGUCGCCAUUUGACCGUACCACGGACGGGAGGUCACUUUUACAUUAUGCGGCGACCAAUCAGCAGUACGAAAUAUGCCAACUCUUACUUCAACUUGGCCUCGUGUCAUUACUGGAUUAUACCUCAGGCAACUCAUCACCUAUCGACUCCAUAGCGUCAAAAAUGUUUUCCAUACAGAAUGCCCCUCCGGAGAAGAAUCUUCAGAUGAUAGCUGAACUAUUUGCGUCAUAUCUCCAGGAACCUGAUUCUCUACCUGCCGAAAGACUCUUGGAUUUCAUAAGAUCGUUCGCACCUGAUGACAAGCUCUUGCACCAUUUCCGAAAUUUGUUCAUGCCUAAAUAUUAUCUACGCCCAUUGAGGGAUCGACUUGAAGCCGUCCGGCUCGGGGCAUUUAACGUUAUUGAUUGCCGAACUCUAAAGGGCCUUCUCUCAGAAGACAGGAAUAUCACUAAAAAUAGCGUUGCCCAAUCAAGCUGCGAGAAGGUAUCUCUUGUACACUCUGCAGCUUUGGCAAUGGGGUGUCGAUAUCCCGAGAGAUUAAACAAGUGUAUGAAGCCAUACGUGUGGAUGCGAACAUAUGACGAAGAUUGGGCACAUCUUGUUAUUAAGACCGCCCAGUUUGCUACACUUGAGGAUCUCACCUGCGUGGAAACGGUUGUGCCAUGGGACGCUUAUGAAGUGACAGCUUGGAGAGGCACUCCGCUUUCGUCUGUUAUUGGCGGAGCGCUCUGCUAUCUCUGCCCCGACACGCCUGUCAAUCACUGGGAUGCAUACUUUAAUGGCUGUCUUCAACAGUGGCUUGCACUCUUGGAAUCAGCUGGGAUUGAUUUACUGGCAUAUGGGAAGCGGGAGUUGCUAGUUCUCCACGCCAUUGAGAACAACACAAAAGGUGCUUUUGAUGCAGACGCUAUCGAAAAUUCACGGACCAUGUUGCGGAACAAUAUGAGGAAGGGAGAGCCACUACCAAAGGUGAAUCGUAUAACGCGCACCGACAUGUCUGGCGAGCAAUAUUGGGUGCCGCUUCGAAUAAUUGAUCUGAAUAUUGGGCCGAGCCCCAGCGACUGGAAACUGAAAUGGGCUCCGGAGUAUGAAUUCAUGGCAUGCCAGUUUUGGAGGACAAUUGAGAAUAAAAAAGAGGUGGUAAUGCCUGGUGCUUGGGUAGAUUGCCAAGAUGACUACUAG